GAGAGAGACGGGACGGGGACGGCAAGCAGAGUCAACCCUGACCCUGAGAAACGGAAAGGCGACGAGCGGUGUCGUCCUCGGCACUCGAACUCACUCAAUUCGUUCGCCGGCCGCGCUUACUUCGUGUGCUCCUCUUCUCCCUCGUCCCGCCGUCGCCGCCGCAGAGGAAGCGUCGGAGAGACCGCCGGAGGGAGGAGCGGCAUGGCCGGCCCUGACCUCCUCCGCCCAGAUCCAGGUCUGGCCAUCGUGGUCAUGGGGGUCAGCGGCUGCGGCAAAUCCUCUGAUGCCAAUUUUCUGUUCUGCCGCAGGACCGUGGCGGCGAUGCUCGCGGAGGCGCUGGGCUGCGGCUUCGUCGAGGCGGACGACUACCACUCCCAGACAAACAAAGAGAAGAUGAGCAAGGGAGUCCCGCUGACCGACGCGGACCGCCUCCCGUGGCUGGAGUCGCUGCGCGGCGCCAUCCGGGACCGGCUGGGCCGCGGCGAGGACGUCGCCGUCAGCUGCUCGGCGCUGCGGCUGAGGUACAGGGAGGUGCUCCGGGAAGGUGAUCGGAACUACAAGCCAGGGAGCUACGGGACCUGCAGGGUGAAGUUCGUGUGCCUGGAGGCGUCGGCGGAGGUGAUCGCCGGGAGGGUGGAGCGGAGGGCGGCGGAAGGGGGCCACUUCAUGCCGGCGAGUCUGGUGCAGAGCCAGCUCGACCUGCUGGAGAUCGACGCGGCCGAGGGGAUCACCGUCGUCGACGCCACGGUGCCCGCAAACGCCAUCGUCGAAGCCACCGUCGCGCAGUUCAGGGAGGAGCUGGCCUCAACGGCGCGCUCACAACCGAGAGUUUCUGCUGCUUCUUGUUUCUGAAUCCAGCUUCAUUUCGUCAGUGUACUGGACUGCACUGGGCAGACAGUAUUCAGUCCACAUACAGCUUGUAAAAAGGCUUGCAGACAAG